AUGCGCAGAGUGAGUUUAUUCUUCAAAACAAUGGCGGCAGACGGUUUGACCAUAACAGAACAGUGGAUCAGAGAGAAACUCAACCUUCAGCACCGAUGUUUAGCGGAUGUCCGAUCAUUGACUCUACCAGGAACAUAUGAAGGGAAAAUCUGUCAUUUAGGAACAUCACUCAAGAACUUUGUGCGUCUGAAAUCACUGGAUCUCUCAAAUAAUGCACUGGUCACAGUUCAGGGGAUUGAGCAUCUGGAGCUGCUGGAGAGACUGAAUCUGUACUAUAACAGACUGGCGUCUCUGCAGGACAUAUUUUCCCUGCACAAACUACAGAAUUUAAAGGAACUGGACCUGCGGCUGAAUCCUGUGGUCAAGAAACAUCCACAUUACCGCCUUUACCUGGUCCACGCGAUGACUAAACUCCGCAAACUCGAUGACUGUCCGGUGCGAGACCGAGAAAGAAAAGCAGCUCUCAUGCAUUUCUCAUCAGAGGAAAAUCUGGACUCUGAUCAUAAGAAACAUGUGUUUAUACAGGACACAACUGGCAGAAGCAGUGAUCUCAGAAUAAAAGCAAUGCAGAAGAUGGUGAAGACGCUCUCGCUUCUGGAGGGAAAUGAGGAAGUUGCACUUAAUGAUGUUUCUAGAAAGAGCGGGAAGAGAAGGAGUCUUCAAACUCUCUCUGUCCGCUGCGAGAACGAAUGCAGUCCUCUUCUGUCACACCAAAAUCCAUCUGAAUCUGAUAUUGUAUAUUUAUUCAAUGAUUCUGAUUGCAGACGCUCAUCAAAACAUAAACAGGAGUCUGCUCCCUCCAAGAGCUCGGAUUAUAAGAAUGAGGCUCGGGCUGGUCCUCAUCGAGUGAGGUUUGUGAGUCCCGUCAUGCAGAGGCGUCCUUCAGUUCGAGGAGAGAGUGUUUUUACAGCACAUCCAGAUUCACACAAACAGCCUCAUUCACACGAAUACAAUUGCUCAUCUCCUAAAUGGCAAAACCAACUUCUAGAUCGAGCAAAUCCCGUCCUGCAUCCUCCCAGACUGACUCGCAGCACUGCAGAAACCAAAGACAGAAGCACAAAACCAAUGAAGGGCGCAUACAGAAAACCCAUGGAGCUUCUGCUGAGCAUGAUGGAGGAUCUGUGGUCUGAGAAGAAGGAGAAUCAGCAAAACAGGACAUUUCUCAUGAAGAUGGUUCAGAUCCUCAGCAUGAUGGAGCAGGAGGUUGCAGGAGGAGAACAGGAGAUCCAGACUCUGAAAGCCGCUCUGAAAGCCUCCAUCGCUCAGGCUGAUGUGCAGGAGAAACAGCAUCAGUCUGAGAUUGAAGAGCUGACGCUUCAACAACAGCAGGCGCAGGAGUCCAUCAAGCGUCUUAAUGAGCAGAUGAAGAGCCUGUUGAAGGAGAACGUGUCUUUACAGAAACAGCUGAUCAGAGCAGAACACAAGCUGCUGGCGUCCCGACUCAAGAACAUCCCACACACACAGGACAGAGGAGUGCAGUCUGUUCCUGAAGAGUUAAACACGAAGAGAGACAUAAUCAUUGAUGAUGAGGACGGAGUCAAUGAGCAGCAGCAGAGCUACAGGUCUUUGAUUGCCAGAAAUGAGCGUUUGCUGCAGCAGCUGGAGGAGGCUUUAAUGAGCAAAUGAAGAAGCUGCUUCUGAUGGACACAUACAUUCAUAGAGUAGUUUUUAAAUCAAAUCUGUGCUUUGAAAGAUGAUAAAUGGUCAAGCAUAUUUAAAAAAAAGCCGUGUUUUAAAUACAUUAUGAGCAGCUUUACUCACAUGUCCAGCUGAAUCAAACGUGUUUGUUUUCUGU